AACAAGUAACACCACAAUGGCCGAAGUUUCUGAGAUCACUUGUUGACUAAUUCUAUAUGUAAGAAUCACGUCGGUUCGAACUCCUAAGCGGCCUCCCGAUCGGUAAUCCAUUCGUACAUACUCCGCAUCGUCAUCGGUCGCACGAAAACAGGCUUAUUAUCUCUCGGCAUCGUGCCUACCUAGCUCGUGCGCGCUUUCUGCAUAUCGUCAAUGUAGUAUGCUAGUACUAAUAUUUUUCAUGCCGCAUGCUACAACUGCGAACACAUGACUUAUCAUGCACAUCCUUGAGUCGUCAAGUGACAACUUGCAUUCCCACUAAGUCCCACUACUAGCAUCACAACUAGACCUUCAAUAUGGUUUGCCUUUUCUUUGGAGGUUUGAAGUGUGUUCGACAUUUUCCCGACAUCUAAAUCUAUGGCUGAAUUAUAGGUAGUCUAGGAAUUAUAAGUACGUUUUCGCGAAAUCAUGUCGUUCACGCCCGAACCUGAUCUCCGGGAGCGUUUCGAAGCAUGCCUGCUCCUGCACGCCGUUGGUGAUGCGAUGGGCUACCGCGGAGGCCAGUGGGAGUUCUGCGCGAGCACGACGAAGAUUCGGAACGACUGCGAGGAGCUGGGUGGGGUGCUGGAAAUGGACUUGACAAACUGGAUGGUCUCCGACGACACGGUGGAGCACCUCGCUAUGGCCGAGGGACUCAGUCUCGGCCUAUCGAAGCUUUCGACGCAGAUGAAGCAAACUCUCCUACAAGGUGUCGUCACGCAGGAAGUGAUAUUAACCAGCGGCGCAGGGCCAGGGCCCGCGUCCACCUCCGUUAAAGUGAGUGAAAAUUUGCUUGAUAAGAUUCACUCGUCGAAGGAAAAAAGCCAGAGUUCUACCAGCGCGACUUCUGCAGCGAAAAAUAAACCUCUUUCCAAAGAACCUCCAAAUACUACCGUCGCCACCUACGACCAGCUCCUUCAGGGCAUCGCCGUGGGUUUCAAGAAGGCCGGCAACGAUUUCACCGGGCGUAUCCUACGUAAAAGCGCCCCCUCCCCAUAGUCAAGAUGGGAAAUCUGCUACACAAAUCACCAAGCUUUGGCUGUUGCGCAUGACAAAUUUGGACCCGUCACGUAGUCGCGUUUAGCUAGUGCAGAAGCAUCACAGAUCCAGUUGAUCGCGCUGAUGUAAGCAUCACAAAUCUCAAAACACCACUAGAAAAAGCUUUUCAUGGGUCUCCGCUGCAUGAGAACCAUUUUAAGCUUGCAGAUUCGCAAUACAACUCUGGGGUCGUAGGGACGUUUUUGCACAGGAUAGGGCGGGCCCCGGGCAAGGGGGAACAGCAGUGCAUCAAGCUCCUCACCGAAAACGGCCACAACUGGGACGCCAAGCCCUUCGACUCGCGCAGCGGCGGCUGCGGCGCUUGCAUGCGGACCAGCGUGUUUGGCUUUCCGCGGUCCUUUCAGACCAUGCUGACCCUGUCUCUCGAAGCUUCCCGGAUGUCCAAGACGGUCCCGGUGGGCUUCCUCGCCGGCUUUACAGCCAGUUACUUCACCUGGCUGGCGCUGUACGUAUCCUGAGUAAAAACGUUCCCACCCCAGAGUUGUCAUGCAGAUUUCCAGUCACAGGAAGAUUUGUAAUGCGCAUCUCCAUGAGAGGGAUAUUCAAUCGUGUUUUGGACUUUCUCUAAACAGAACAAUGAGUAGAUGGAUUUGCGUUGCGGCUGUACUUGCUAAACUGCACUACAAUACAGAGACGAACUUGUCAUGCUUGACUCCCAAAACUUCUCGACUUGUGUUGCGAGGUCCCCAUCUUGACUCUGGGUCUGGGGUGGGGACGUUUCUGCUCAGGAUAGUACGAACCGGAAAUACAGCCGGCGCAGUGGGCCGAGAAGCUGCUGCUCGAGGGGUUGCUAUCGCAAGAAAAAAGUGUUACAGUUACAAAUUGUGUUGCAAGACCAGCAACACAGACAGCCUUUCUCAUGCAGGAAAUGCUUGGGAGCCUCGUUUCCUCCCUGUUUUCCCUUAUGAUCUUCGCAUUACUCUCUGCCAUGCAGAGAAAAUUUGUGAUGCAGAAACUCCAACAAGUGUGUAACUGUAAACACUUUUUUCUCAUGAUAGUUGCCCGCCGUGGAGGAGUACUUGAAAAACCAGAGUGGUCUAUGCAUUGCAAAUAUGUCUGGGUCUGGAAACUUGUGAUGCAAUAAAGGGAAUAGUGAGCACACUGUAAUGCGCUGCCAAGCAUGACAAGUUUUUCCGUGGUUUUGAGUUGCGUGCUCCGCAUGAGAAACUGCGUUUUUGCAUGACAGUUUUGAGGAGCUGUUCGCGGCUACGCAAUACAGAGUUUAGAGUCAUGCCAGACUAGCAUGACAGUUUUCGCACUCUCGGAGGCCCAGACAUUUUUGCAGUUGAUAUGGUCCCCGUCCGAGACAUCUACGGGACCUGGAGGCAGGCGGUUUCUUUCCGUUAAUCGAAACUGAAUUUGGCCAGAAAUGGCUCUGGUACGCGAAAGACUGCCGGAAGAUCUACUUCAUGGGCAGCACUGGGGGUGGCGCCAGCCGCGGCGAGAGUGGUCGUGUACAACAACCAUCAAAAGCCACCGCUGGAAGGGCGGGCAGCUCCACCGAUUCUUGCACACCUGGUGUAGCCACGACAGGAGAGCCGACAACGAGAAAUUCUUGUACCGGCGCCAGCACCGAGGAUGGGAAUAAGAAGUUCUGGCCAAUACCGCGUGUAGAAGGAGCUGGAGCAAGACCAGUUUUAUUCCAACCCGGCGAACACGAGGUGGCCGCUAUGGACACACUGUACAUGAAAAUCGCGCAAACAUCCAUGAACAAAACGGGCAAGUUUCCGGGCAGUUGCGGCACCUCUGCGGUUAUGAACUGUAAAGAUGUCUGGGUCUGGAAGAUUCUGACACUUGUCAUGCACGUUUUGCACGAGCCAUGAUGUCUGUGAUGCAUACCCUAGCAAUACAGAUUUUUUGAGGGCUUCUUGAUUCCUAUUCCGCAUGACAAAUGCCUUCUCAGCGUAGCAAAAAUUGCAUUCCGUUUGCUACUCAUGCAAUACAGAUUUUUUCAGAAUGCAGAGACAGCAUCACAAGUUGCAUUCUUCCAGACGCAGACAUUUUUACACUUGAUAGCGGUGCUGAUCGCCUACGACGCCUUGGUGCACGCUCUGUACUACGACCGCGAUGGUGACACGCAGAAGACCAUGGAAGCAGGACCCUCCGGCGCUUCAUCCGCCGCGACCAAUAUUAAAAUUAGUCUGAAACAAACACUUGGACAACAUCGCCAGAGGUACAAGACCCUUGUGGAGCGCGCGGUGCUACACCUAUCAAGUGCAAAAAUGUCUGGGUCUGGAAGAGUGUAGACUUGUCAUGCAGAUUUUCCAUGACCCAUGAGGUCUGGAAUGCGGAACUUAGCAUGACAGACUCUGCGAGGUCUCUGCCAUGCCUAUUCUGCAUGAGACACUCCGUUCCAACUUGGUCAAAAGUGGACAGCUCUUGGCACUCAUGCAACACAGAUUUUUGCAUGCUUCAGAUUUACCAUGACAAGUUGCAAUCUUCCAGACCCAGACACUUUUGCAAUUCAUAACACCGGGGCGACAACGAUUCCACCGGCUCCAUCGCACUGUCCUGGUACGGCGCGCUAUUCGGGUUUCAGGGCGUGCCGGAAAAACACUACAGCGGGAUCGAGUAUUCUGGCCGCUGUCGGAACGCGGCGAAGAAGUUGUUUUCCCAGGUACAGCAGUCUAGUACUAGUACAACAACAGGGACAAAGGAACAGGAACGACCAUCCUGAGCAAAAAAGUCCCCACCCCACAGUUGUCAUGCAGAUUUGCAAUAACAGGACCAUUUGUGAUGCGCAUCCCAAUGAUAAGUAGGCAUUUGCAAUCGUGUUAUUUUUUUUUGCUUUAUGGUGCAAGUAACACAAGAGGAGCUACUGAGUCAAGCUUUGCUAAAGUAACAGUGUGGACUAAAAUUCCAAAGCAACAUGGGCGCCUGACCGCCGGAUAGCGAGGACAUCAGCGAAAUUAUCUGUGAUCAU